ACUGAAAAACAAAAAAAAAAAAGGAAGAAAAGGAUGCUGAAACUGCUGGCGCUGAGAGGUGGCGUGGUGGGUCUCUUGUCUCUGACAAAAGAUGAGUGAAAAUCGUGUCCUCUGAACAUCAAAGUAAGAAAAAAAAAGCAAAAAACUGAAACUUCAUCCAGAUUAUAAACCUUCUCUUGCAUAUCCAUACUUCACUGUUUUCAGAUCUUUUCUCUGGCCUUACUCAAAAUGUGCAGAUUACUGGCUUAUUAAUGGCUGUGGCAGAAGCAAGAACUGCUUGGCAAAGAGCAGCUAAUCGUUGCUUGGUCCAAGAAGAUGCCAAACGAGCUCCAAAGUUGGCAUGCUGCUCAUCAGCGUCACCCUCAUCGAAACAGGUUGAUACUGGGCCUGCAAAUGGUGCUGAUGCACAAAAUCCGUCUAGUACAUGUUUCCUGCCCUUGAACAGGAACUCUUCAUAUUGUGAUUUAUCCCCUAAUACAAGAUGGUGGCUGCAUCUUCAACCUAAUUAUGGGUAUCAAAGAGGCUUAGUGAGUGAAACUGUAGAUUCUCAGGAAGCAGAGAUGGAGAAUAUUGGUCCAGUUUUAGAUUCGACCCCCAAAAAUAGCAAGUUCUGUGAUCAGAGUGAAGCAGAUGGUGGUUACAUGGAUGAAGUCACAGUUGGUGGAUCUCUAGAUUAUCAGGUUAAAAGAUCUGCAAGCCAUGUAAAUAGUGACUUGGAAGUUGGAAGCAAAGAACUAAUAGAUGUGUUCACUGAGAUUUCCAAGGAUGGUCUUCACCUUGAGGACACAGGGUAUCCAUAUGAAGAAAGUAAGAAAGAUAUGGUUGAUUUCACAGUGUGUAAACAGGUUGAUGAGCUUUCGUUUGAUAGGGAGUAUCCUUGGAUUGGUGUUGAGAAAACCGAGCCAUGGUGGCGAACUGCAGACAGAGAGGAACUUGCUUUAUUGGUUGCGCAGAGAUCACAUGAUUUUAUUGAGAACUGUGAUCUUCCCCAGCCACAGAACAAUUUUGUUAAACGGGAUCACGAUGUGGAUGUUGAUACUAAGAUUUAUGAUGCUUCUGUGAGUCCCAAAUCCAGAGAUAUGUCUCGCGACAGUGAGAAUAUUCAUCAACGGGGCAAUGUUUCUUUUAAACGCCCAUCUCAAUUAGAAGCUGAAGGGCACUCACAGCUCCAUGCUUGCAAGUCAACAAGUUUGAGAAACAGUGACACCAGUAGCCAAAAGCUUUUGCCUGAAAUGAACACAUCUAGUGAUGACGAAAGCAAGGCCCAACUACUAGAAGCACUUCGUCAUUCUCAAACGCGUGCAAGGGAAGCUGAAAAUGCAGCAAAGCAAGCCUUUGCAGAGAAGGAGCACGUCGUGCAGCUGGUAUUUAGACAAGCAUCACAACUUUUUGCCUAUAAGCAAUGGUUCCAGCUACUGCAAUUAGAGAACCUGUACUUCCAGAUUAAAAACAACAGAAACCAGCCGAUAUCGGCCAUAUUACCGGUAAUGCUGCCAUGGGUACCCCAGAAAACUAAGAGACCGCGGAAGAAGUCUGCUAGGGUCAAACGAGCCAAACGAGCCCGUUCCAAGUAUGACUUGAGCAGAUAUGCAGUUGUUUUUGCACUGGGUUUGGGUCUUGUUGGUGCAGGUUUCCUUCUUGGCUGGACGGUCGGGUGGAUGUUACCGACAUUCUGAGCUGUAUAGAUUGUAUCCAAUUUUCCUGUUAAUACUAGUUUUGUGAAGAUUGGUCUACAGGGGAAUUGACUGGUUGAUAGGGUCUAUGUUAGUUGUAUGAUGAUGACGAUCAUUUCUCCAAUUACUUUGGUCUCAGCUUUUAGUACUUGAAAUUGAAACAAAACACUCAGCUUUCCUUCAGCUUGUACUUGAAGACAAGCAUGUUAUAUAUCUUAGGCAUUAUGUUUUUCCUUACCAAAAUCAUGGUUUCUAUAGACUAGUUUUGUAUUGUCUUGGUCAAGGAAUCUUGGAAAUAACUA